GGCGCACACACCCAGAAAGAUGCUCCGUUUUCAUUCUGAUACAGAAUGGAUCGACAUAGGAGACGAGCAAAUCGAGGACGUGGGUGGUCCAAGCAGCUUUCCCCAGGCUCGGCAACUACCAGUGGAACUCAUCACUCUCAUACUGCGUGAAGCGGACAAGCUAUCGCUUGCAGCGUGCACGCUUGUAUGCCGCGACUGGCUUGAGCUCUCAAGACCGUGUCUAUUUGAGUCCGUCACCUUCGCUACGCUCCGCCUGCGCGAAUUGCAGUGGCGUGAAGACGCACCCUGUCGCCUCAAGCGCUUUUUGGACUUCUUAUCGUCAAAGCCGGAAAUCCGCGUGCUUAUUCGUCACUUAGUCUUCAAUGUUGAGAAUAGGCUCUGGAAUUUUGCGCUCCAUGCUCAUGCGAUGCUGCCGGGGCGAUUUAGGCCGACCUCGUACUCGUGGCAAACGUUGAUCGAGCUUCUGUGCCAACUCCCUCGACUGCGCACACUCGAGCUGAAAAACUUUCUCCUUGAGCCUCUUGGUCCGGUAUUCGACACGGAUCCGCUGUGCACUGCACCAGUCAUUGAGCAUCUCGAGGCUCUCAAGUUCACGAGACACUGCCGCACACAAGACGGCAUCGGAUGCUUCGGCGACGUACUGCAUCUGCUCAGCAUCUUCAAACGCAUCGACCAUCUUGACUUCGGCGCGUUCACCUCUCCCCCGACCGGCCACCCAUCGCUCGCGUCCCGUAUCACGACGCAGGUCCGCUCCCUCACCAUUCCUCCCUAUGCAUCGAGGCUCUUGCGGAGUAUACCGCUGCUCGCGACGUGGUCGAACCUCGAAUGUCUCGCCCUACCACUGCUCCCACUCGAGGACGUCGCAUACGGGCUGCGCUUGCUGAACCUCGCGCGCGCAAGCUUGCGCCACGUUGCGUUGCAUGUCCCGCGCAUUGACGAGAAGGGCCCAACUGUGCGGUGCUUGCACGAGCUCGCGCUUGCGACCUGUCCACGCCUCGAGUCCGUCUCUAUUGCCGUGCCGUUCUACGGUGCGGCGAACCUGCUAGUGGCCCCGGGCGCCGUCGCGAUCGGGCGCCCGUACUUUGGCGCGUCUGCAUACGCGUUUAUCACGGGCUUCCUUGCGUCGUGCCCACCGGCGCUGCGGCGUGUCACAUUCGACCUUCAGCUUGACCUCACGCCGGUCGAGACGCAUCAGCAUAUCCAACUGGAGAUGCUACAGACGGACUGGAGUACCCUGGACGACGUGCUUGCGCGCUGCGCUAACAGAGGCCUGACGAGUGUGCAAUUCUGCCAUGACCCGAGGGAACUUUCUGAGUUGUCUAGCAGUAUACAACAAUAUUUUGCGAAAAGGAUGCCUUGUUUAUGGAGGACGGACGUGGCGCGUUUCGUAUAGCAUACCACGUUUAGACACUGAACCUCCACAGUAAUUU